AACGCCGACCGUCAUAACAGUGACCAGACAUUAACGGAAGCCCCAGAGGAUGAGGAGGAUGACAAGACAGAGCCGAAUUACUGGUUUAGCAUCCGACGCAAGAUCAGGGAGCCGUUGGCGGAGUGGCUGGGCACUAUGGUGAUGGUCCUGAUGGGCGUCUGCGCCAACCUCCAGAUGAAGACAUCUGGUGGCGAAGCGGGCACCUUCGGCCUUUCCGCCGCCAUGUGGGGCAUGGGCACGAUGAUGGCGAUUUACAUCGCGGGCGGUAUCUCCGGCGCUCACUGCAACCCCAUGGUUUCCAUCAAUCUUUCCGUCUUUCGCGGCUUCCCGGCGAGAAAGUGUCUCAUAUACAUCUGCGCGCAGAUCCUGGGCGCUAUCUGCGGCGUCUGGAUCGCCUACGGGAUAUACCACGAUGCGAUCAUGAACUUCGACCCCCAGAAGACGUCAACGAGCAAGGGCAGCGGCACCGCAUUCUUCACCCUGCCGGCGCCAUUCGCAACGCCCCAGACCGCCUUCUGGACCGACUUCACGUCUGCAGCCAUCAUGAGCGGAACCGUCCUGGCCAUGGGCGACGACUCGAAUUCUCCCCCUGGCGCGGGCAUGCACGCCUUCAUCAUCGGCCUCGUGGGCUUCUCUAUGGCAUCCUGCCUGGGCUACAACACAGGCCCUCAAACGAACCCAGCGAAGGACUUGGCCACGCGCUUCGUUCCCAACGUAGUUGGGUACGGAUCCACGAUGUGGGUCCAGGGCUGGUGGGCUGAGGCGUGGGCGGCAUCCAUCUUCGGUGGGCUAUGGGGCUGCUUGGUGUACGAUAUCGCCAUCUUCGAGGGUCCGGAGUCGCCCAUCAACUACCCGCGCGUCAAGAGGAAACAGUCCCGGCAGGGCAACAAGGCCAAGUGGCUCAAGACGGGGUGGUUUGGGCCGGGCAAGAAGCAGCGCGCGCAGCAGGACUUGGAGACGGGCAAAGUGGGCAUCAACGAGAAGGAUGCGGGCCACAGGAUGGAUGGCCACUAG